CUAUAAAGGCCUGCAGCGCCUUUGUUCGCCCUCAUUGCGCAGUUGCAGGCGGGUGCGAGCGGAGGUCAUUUACAGAAUCAAAAUGGUUGAAGCAGAUCGUCCCGGGAAACUAUUCAUUGGGGGCCUGAACACAGAAACUAAUGAGAAAGCCCUCGAGGCUGUAUUCGGCAAAUAUGGACGCAUUGUGGAAGUCCUUUUGAUGAAAGACCGUGAAACCAACAAGUCCAGAGGAUUUGCGUUUGUCACGUUUGAGAGUCCAGCAGAUGCAAAAGAUGCAGCCAGAGAUAUGAAUGGAAAGUCAUUAGAUGGGAAAGCAAUUAAAGUGGAACAAGCAACCAAGCCAUCCUUUGAAAGUGGUGGUAGGCGUGGGCCGCCACCCCCUCCACGAAGCAGAGGUCCUCCCAGGGGCCUUAGAGGUGGAAGAGGCGGAAGUGGCGCGAGAGGACCACCUUCAAGAGGGAGUCACUUGGGGUCUUCUCGAGGACCACUUCCCAUGAAGAGAGGUCCACCUCCACGAAGUGGGGGCCCUCCACCAAAAAGAUCUGCACCUUCAGGACCAGUGCGUAGCAGUAGCAUGGGAGGAAGAGCUCCUGUGUCACGUGGAAGAGACAGUUACGGUGGUCCUCCCCGCAGAGAACCGAUGCCAUCGCGAAGAGAUGUCUAUAUGUCUCCAAGAGAUGAUGGCUAUAGCACUAAGGACGGUUACUCGAGCAGAGAUUAUCCCAGUUCCAGGGAUACGCGGGACUACGCGCCACCCCCACGAGACUACGCGUAUCGUGAUUACGGUCAUUCCAGCUCACGUGAUGAAUACCCCUCCAGGGGAUAUAGUCUUUCCUCCUAUAGCGAUCGUGACGGAUACGGUGGAGGGCGUGACAGAGACUACUCAGAUCAUCCAAGCGGUGGCUCCUACAGAGAUUCAUACGAGAGUUAUGGUAACUCACGUAGUGCUCCACCUGCACGAGGGCCCCCGCCAUCUUAUGGUGGAAGCAGUCGCUAUGACGAUUACGGCAGCACACGAGAUGGAUAUGGAAGCCGAGAAAGUUACUCAAGCAGCAGAAGUGAUGUCUACUCAAGUGGCCGUGAUCGUGUCGGAAGACAAGACAGGGGGCUUCCCCCAUCCAUGGAAAGGGGUUAUCCACCUCCUCGGGAUUCUUACAGUAGUUCGAGCCGCGGAGCGCCCAGAGGCGGUGGCCGUGGCGGAAGCAGAUCCGAUAGAGGUGGAGGCAGAAGCAGAUACUAAAAAAACACUCUUAAACUUUUGGACCAAGACAGAUUUACUUCUCAAAAAAAAAAAAAAAAAAAAAGCAAAGUGGAAGCUGUUCUAUCUUUACUACCAGAGGACUACUAAAAGGAAAAGUUGUUUUUACCUUUUUUUAUUGUUGCCUGUUAAGUUUUCCCAUCCAUGACUUUGAUGCUUUUGUGAGGAAAAGUUAAACCAAUGUUUAAUUUCAUUUCAAAAUUGUUAACAUUUCUUUCAAAAAGCAGAUGUUAAAUGUAUAAAACCUGAGCUGUGUACUAGUGUUGUAAUUUUCAAAGUAAAGUUUCCCUGAAAUGCCACACUUCCCAUCUGAUUUUCCUCAUGAAUGGAACAAGCAGAUCGUUAAGAUCUUCCACACAACAUCCAACCAUCUAACAUGGAGAUGGAUUGUUCUACAUGUUCGGCAUCUCAUUCUUAAACAAAAUAUUGCUUGUGAUUUGGAGGGUGGUGGGGAUAUUCCACACAAAGUUCAGUUUUGCCUAGAAUUUGAAGUCACAGUGUUCCCAGUACAAAAUCAAAUGUCUUCUGAUCCUUGUGUUAAAGAAAAGUAGAGGAUUUCAUUCACUUAACCUGAAAAAGCAAGUGGAUAAUACUAUUUUCUGCCUUCCUGCUUAUUAAUGGGGAGUUUGAAAAGAUCUCCCUUCCAAAUUAAUCAUGUACAUGUAAGUCAGCUACAGAAUACUGUUAAAAUAAAAAAAAAAGUUGACCAAUUCCAUCAAAGAAGCUGCAAAACGAUGCUUACUCAUACUGUUUCAAAUUUUUGCAACUCUGUAGUGUUUCACUUUUAAAGGAACAUCUUUGAUUCCAAAGGAGAAAAUAAGAUAAGCAAAGAAGUCUUUCUCUCCAACUUCUCAAAGGCUUAUGGCUUCAUAAAAACAAGUGAAUCUUUCAGCAUUCCACAGCUGAUUUAAAGCAUCAAAUGCCUGUGAAACAGCAAAGAUGGGUGAUAACUUCUGGAAGAUAGCGCUGAAGUAACUCCAGUUCAUCUGUGCUGAUGGGCAGAGAUGGGUGGUGCCUCUACCAAUAUGCAAGUUACGGUGAGGAAGGUGGCAGCGCAGCCGUGGAUGUGCCUUGGAAAAUGGAAGGAUAACAAACUGCAGCUGAUAAAGCUUGGCUUUUGAGUGUGGUGUUACCCCCUCUUUGUUUCAGACUGUUGUGUCUCAAUCCAGGAAUUGUUCUUUGAAAGUAGCACUACUAAUCUCUUGGAUACAAAACAAAAUUCUCAGGUGGAAGUCAGUUACUGUCUGCCGUAGCCACCAUCUUCCAAGAGUCAAGAGUGAGCAUUUUUUUUGAGUGCAUCAGUAGAUUCUGCAGCAGAAAAAUAGUCCAGGAUUGCCCUUUACAGAGGGUGCUUUCUGUUUAUGCUGAAAAAAAAGAGCAAGUUGUAUAAAAGUGAGUUUUAUUCCUCUAAAAUGCGGAGGACUAGAUUGUCACAAAUUCUUCUUCACCAAGAAACCAUGAAAAGUUUUACUAUAUUCUUACAUCAAGAGUUUUAUAACUGUUGAUGCCUUCUGGAAGAGAGGAAGGAAAUGUUGACGUACUGAGACACUAUUAGUGAUAAAUCCCCAGAAUAAUUGGUGUUUCUGUAUGUACUGGCUUGUGGCAAACUUCCAGGCAGCACUGCAUCUCUUGCAACAAGAUGCUUUCUCCAAAACUUUGCCUUGGUUUUGAUGCAUUUUUACCCCACGUAUAUGUUGAUGAGGUCGUGGGUGAGAGAGCACCAGUAUUUCAUGUGGAAAACUUAACUUCUGAUUGACUAAAAACAGUCAUAGCUAAUAAAGUUGAUGCUUACUUCU